AUGGAUAUCCCCAUCCAGUAUCCUUGGUACCGCCGGGCCUUCCCUCAUCGGCUCUCUGACCUCCCUCCGGCAGAGCCUUUUGUUGACUGGCCCCGCAUGUGGCCCUUUUCAUGGUCCUUGCCCUGGAUGCGCCCGUCGGCCAUGCGCUGGCUCAACUGGCCUGACAAUGGACACAGUGAGAUGCGCAUAGAAAAGGAUCGCUUUGUCAUUUAUCUGGAUGUGAAGCACUUCUCCCCUGACGAGCUGUCUAUCAACAUUAGUGACGAGUUCAUCACAAUACAUGGCAAACACGAGGAUAGACAGGACGACCAUGGCUUUGUGUCGAGAGAGUUUCUCAGGAAGUACAGGCUUCCUGCAUGCGUGUCGGGUGCUGAUGUCACCGCCAGUCUGUCAUCUGAUGGUUUGCUGACAAUCACUGCACCUCGGUCAUCUCCUGGACAAGAGCGCAAUAUUCCCAUCUCCUGUGAGGAUGGGACACCAAAACAGAAAAUGUAG